AUGUCGAAGAAAGGAGGUGAGGCGAGCACUUCUGGCGAGCGUGGGAUGGAGAUGGUGUCGCCGGCGCCAUCUCUCAUGCUGUCGAAGAUUAAUUAUCGUGUCUGGGCGAUGCUGAUUAAGGCAUUCCUUGAUUCUCACGAAUUGUGGCAAGCAAUUGUAGGUGAGAAUAUCCCGAAGAAGAAAGAUCGCUUGGCUCUAUCCACGAUCUUCAGAGUAGUUCUGGAGGAGACGAUGUUAAUUCUUGACACAAAGAAGAUGACGAAGGAGAAUUGA